GCCACAUCUUCCACUAAAUGAUAAAGCCGCUACACCGGGAACUGGAGGCAGCUAUAAAAAACCGAGGCUAGACAACCACAUUCACGGUCUUCUGGUCGGAGGUUUGAUUUAUUUAUUUUUUUUAGUUCUCAGAAUCUCUCGAACUCUGCAUCUUACAUAUAAAUUUCUGUGGAGUUUUCAGAGCAGGAGGAAGUGUUGAGUUAACGGUUAAGUUAAGACGCCAUAAAGUGGGAAAAAGUGGGCUUUAAACAACGUGGACUUUUUUUUGGAGACUCACAUACAAGUGCUUAUUAAAAAAGGAGCAGAGGAAGCUGAGCAGCCGGCGCCGUGGAAAGUAGAAGCACAGGGAGAGUGGAGGAGUGAAACGUAGAAGGUAGAAACACUAACCGAGCUACCUGCCUGCCCGUGAAAGUGCCGUGAUCAUGGGGAAACAGAACAGCAAGCUCCGGCCCGAGGUCCUGAACGACCUGAGAGAAAACACGGAGUUCACCGACCACGAGCUGCAGGAGUGGUACCGCGGCUUCCUGAAGGACUGUCCCACCGGCCACCUCACCGUGGAGGAGUUCAAGAAGAUCUACGCCAACUUCUUUCCUUACGGAGACGCCUCAAAGUUUGCCGAGCACGUCUUCCGCACGUUCGACACAAACGGCGAUGCCACCAUUGACUUCAGGGAGUUCAUCAUCGCCCUGAGUGUGACGUCUCGCGGUGGGCUGGAGCAGAAGCUGCGCUGGGCCUUUAGCAUGUAUGACCUGGAUGGGAACGGGUACAUCAGCCGGGCAGAGAUGCUAGAGAUAGUUCAGGCAAUUUACAAGAUGGUGUCAUCAGUGAUGAAGAUGCCUGAGGAUGAGUCGACACCGGAGAAGAGGACGGAUAAGAUCUUCAGACAAAUGGACAUUGAUAAUGAUGGUAGACUGUCUUUGGAGGAGUUUAUUAAAGGUGCCAAGAGCGACCCGUCCAUUGUCAGACUGCUGCAGUCGGACCAGGGAGCCUCGCGUCAGUUCUGAGGACGUAUUGGACAAUGAGACACACACUCUAUCACGCAUGCACACCCACAUGCAUCCAGCUUCAUGCUGUUCGUCUGAUAGAGGCUUGGUCGUCACCACCCCGUCUCACCAGAAACCUUUCAUUUUAACACUCCAUGUCUUAUUGUUUACAUUAAUGUAUACUUCUCUUGUCAACGUGGCUCCGUCUCGGUGGACUAUGAAGUGCUUUUAGUUAAGCUGUCCUGUGUUUGUGCUUUUCCAAAGCUCUUUGCCUUGAAAUUGUUUCUACCCGUUUUCCUUAAGUGAAGUGCCAUAUGAUAUUUAUACUGACUGGAUUAUAUGCUUUUAAGUAUUAUGACAACCCGUUAUGUUACACUAAGAGGAAACUAAUUAAAACACUUAGUAUAAUUUGAUUCAACUUAACUGUUGAAAUGUGGCUUAUUGUUGUUCAGAAUAUCAACAGCAGCUUAAAAGGCACAAGUUGGUGUUUUGAGCAGUCUCUAUAUGCAUUUGGUAUCGCAUGCGCUCAGUGAUUUUCUGAUAUUAUAACAGUCUAUGUGAAUAAGAAGCCUGUGAUUGUUUUUAUUCCUUUUUAUUUUUGUAACAAAAAUGUCAUUUUGUUUUCACACAAUUGAAAUAAAGUCGUGUAAGAAAAAUCUACACAAGAA